CUUUUGAUUCACAAAAAAUCUUCACCAUUUCCCUUCUUCUCCAAAAAGAAGUUUGAGCCUCACCACUCUCAGAUGGGCUCUUUCUUUUACAUUUUCUUCCUCAUAUCCCUAGCAUUAACAUCACUUACCAAUGGAGAUGCCCACUUAAUCCAAAAAACUUGCAAAACCACCAAGUAUUACGACUUUUGUGUCUCCACGCUCAAAUCCGAUCCAACAAGCGUGGAUUCGGACACAAAGGGUCUGGUCGUAAUCUUGGUCGGAGUUGCUACGGCUAAUGCCACAGCGACAUCGACCUUCUUAUCAUCCGAAUCACUCAAUGCCACGAAGGACACUGCACUGAAGGAAGUUCUAAAAGAAUGCUCCCACAAAUACGCUUACGCCAGUGAUGCUCUUCGAGCUUCCGCUCAAGAUCUUGCCUCGGAGUUCUUCGAUUAUGCCAACAUGCACGUAAUGGCAGCCGCGGAUUAUCCGAAUGCUUGCCAUAACAUGUUUAGAAGGCAUCCGAAGCUGAUCUAUCCGAAAGAGGUUGCACGUAGAGAAGAUGUUUUGAAACAUUUGUGUGAUGUGAUUCUAGAUAUUAUUGAUUAUCUUGGUGUUAAUUAACUUUUUUUGGUGCAAAAAAACUUGCCUUU